AGAGUGUGUCGGAUAUCUGUGAACAACAAACAGGCAGGGAGGUAGCGUUGUAAAUACAAGGCUGACUGACUGCUCCAGAGCCUUCGCUGUGUGUGUGUCCCUCUCGCCCACACACACACUGCAGGAUGCCUCAGGCUGAGACUGAGCCAGACCCAGAGGCAGAAGCAGAGGUAGAGCCAGCCGGUGAAGGUCAGUAUAAAGGCCGUUGUGAACAGCAUGGUGAGGCGUUGCGGAUGUACUGCGCUGCGGACAGACUGCCCGUGUGCACGCUGUGCACUGACACUCACCGAGACCACCACCUCAGGCCUAUCAGCGACGCCGUUCGCCACUCCAAGAACGAACUGCGAUCCACUCUGAAUGCACUGAAGGAGAGAAAGACUGUCUUCACUGAGAUCAUGUACAAACAGCAACAGAAGAUUUCCGCACUGACUGAGGCGACGGAGGCUCUGACCCGGAACGUGUCGGAGGAGUUUGCGGGAAUGCGGCGGUUCCUGGACCGCAGGGAGCGGGAGCUGAAGAAGGAGCUGGCUGAGCAGGCGGGCGCUGCCCUGGAGCCCCUGGAGGACAACCUACGCUCCAUCCAGCGGGCACUCAUCUCCAUUCAGAAGGACAUCAUCUCCUGCCAGGCAACCGCCAAUCAACGUGACAGCCUGCAGUUCCUCCAGGAAGCCAGCUGGCUGAGAGAGAGGCCCCGGGAGGAGAUUCCCCACCCGUCCGUACUCUCAGCAAGGCUCUGCCCUGGCCUGUUUAAAGGGCCCCUCCAGUACUGGGUGUGGAAGGAGAUGAAAGACAACAUCAGCCCAGUGCCAGCAUCGCUGACCCUUGACCCGGGCACGGCCAGCCCCUGGUUGGUGCUGCUGGAGGACCUGACUGGAGCGGCACUGGGUGGCACUCAGAGGCGGGUGGAAGAUGGCCCACUCCGGUUCGACCACUCGCCCUGCGUGCUGGCCUCCCAGGGCUUUGCCAGCGGCCGGCACUACUGGGAGGUGGCGGUGCGGCGCCAGGCCGAGUGGGCCGUCGGUCUGACCCGGGAGACGGCCAGGCGCAAGGGCGCCGUCACCCUGUCACCGCAGGACGGCUACUGGGCCGUGUGGAGGAAGAAGGGUGACAACUACCGGGCCCUGACCUCGCCCCCGACCCGGCUGGACCUGGCCGCCCAGCCCGGCAGGCUGGGCAUUUACCUGGACUACGAGGGCGGUCAGGUCUCCUUCUACGAUGCGGAGCGGACGGCCCACCUGUACACCUUCACCGGCACCUUCACCGAGCGCCUGUACCCCUUCUUCAGCCCCGGCCCUGGUGACGGGCACCGCGGCGCCGCCCUGGUGACCGUCCGCCACCUCAGCUUCUGACCGGGAGGCCUUGCACCCAGACAGGCCUCUCCAGCUCUCACCAGGCCUCAGGAUGCAGCAAGUGGGGGUGGGCAGGGAGGUGGUGAGGCCCAGGUUCAAAUCCCCGAUUCGAGGUGAGGUACGAACCGUGUUUUUUAUUUCAGUCUGGAAUUUAACAGCGACCCCGUUGCCAGAAAAGCCUGCCUGAUCUGCUCUGAAGGGAGGAAAUCUGCCAUCCUCAACCGGGCCUGGCCUACUCACGGCUCCAAACCCACAGCAAAGCAAAGACUCCCAUAUGGGCAAUUAGCGACGGGCAAUAAAUACUGGCUUGGCCCACCUCCCAUCGACAAAUUUUAAAUAAGUGUUCUUCACUGCCUAAGGCCUGCACUUUUCUUGGUGGUGGGGGUGGGGAGGCUGCCAAGGUGGGCACAGCAGGGUCCCACCUCUUGCUUUCGAAGGGGAAGUCAGUUGAAGGGUCGCAUAGGCCUUGGGGGGCCCCAUUUCUGGAAAGUUCCAGAAGGCCCAGCACUUCCUUGCGGCGUCGUGGCCAACCUGGGUCUUGGUUUGAGCACGGUAAUCUCCCACAGGCAGGGUGGGGGAGAGGGGGAAGCUACUGGGUGGACGGUCCCCUUCUUCCCCUCCUCAUCACUUGGAGUAAAAGCCCUGCCCCCUCCCCUCCCCCGAGGUAACUCGUGAUCAUCUCCACGUAGACGGCGGAGAUCGUGUUUAAUAUCUCCACCCCCCAUCCGCCCCCCCACUUCCCAGAAGGGGAAGGUCAGCUGACCAGGCAGUACUUCCCUUGGCACUGCCGCAGGAACAUAGCCCAUUGAUGUUCAGACUCUCGCUCCUGGUGCGGGCGUCGAACCCGUGACGCUCUGGGUUCGGAGGCAGACUGGCGAGCCAUUGAGCCACAUUCGACAUGCCGCACAGGAGCCACGCCGAACGGUUAAAGAAGUGCAUUCUCUCUUGUCCCCGGUCCAAAGGCAGAGGCUCGGCCUGGGCCUAAGCAGGGCCAGGUAGGUUCAAAAGGGGAGCCGUGCAGGACUAAUUGGUCCACCUCAGAUAGGCCAUUGCUCCCAGCAACUGGACCGUCUGGCACAAAACACCUCCUAACCCACAGGCCUUCAGACAGACUCAGUCUCCCAGGCCCUGAGGCACAUGUGGCCUCACAGUCCCUGGGCCCUCAGGCAGGAUUGACCUCCCAGUCCCUGGGCCCUCAGGCAGCAUUGACCUCCCGUGCCCCGGGCCCUCAAGCAGGAUGGGCCACCCAUGCCCCGGGCCCUCAUGUGCAAUCUGUUCUGAUAUAACACAAUAGGUCCAUUCUCGCAGAAUCUCGCGUUAUAAUACAAUCGUGCAAUAGCCAAGCCAUUUAAACAAACAUGGCCAGAAUUGUGUUAUAGCCAAUAGAGGUAAGGAACGGACACCUUCUACAAAUAACCAUCUGACUUCUUCAAUUGCGCUAAAGCCAAUUUGCGUUGAAGAACCGAAAAUAGUCUCCAAUUAACCAAGUGGCUGCCUGCUGUGAUCUUCACACCACCAAAUGACAGCAGAGGGUUACGUACAGAGUAAAGCCCCCAUGGUCUCCCUUAACAUAAAAGUGAAGCCCCCUCUACUCCUUUGAAGUGAAAGCUAAUGGAUCGUGGAUGAGAGCUGAUAGCGGUGGGGGGGGGGGGAGGGGUUGACAGCAGUGGGCAGGAUACGCUUUGUGCAGCCGAGUAAGACAAGAGCUCAGACCAAGCCCAAGGCCGUGCCAUCUCGGUGAAGCUCCCGGUCAGUGAAAUGUCAUGGUUGUGUCAGGCUGGCUCGCUGCUUGCAAGAAACUAGAAGGGCUUUAGAGCAGGCAAAACCGGACGGCAGACCACCAGAACGUGAAGGGGAAUUGAGGCACUACGUGAUGGAGGGAGUUUCAAAAGCCAGGCCAUUGAAAGUGGGGAAUGACCCGUGGUUUGCACAGUUUUAAUAUAAUCCUUAGGGUGGGUGGGACAGGAAUUGUUGAGAAAUCCUGAGGGAUCUGUUUUAUUACAAUCUUUGUUUGAUGUGUGAUGUAGGAUUUUUGACCAUCAUUUAUUUGCCUGUUAACUUUAUUUGCCUCAUGGUUAUUUGGGAUAUUAGAAUAUAAUCCAUAUCUA